GAGGGCUUUAUCUGCUUGCUUCCCCUGUUCCUGAUACUCCUCCCUUUGUUUCUUUCUUUCUUCCUUCUUCUUCCAGCUUCCAGUCUCGCACACGCAUUCCGCAUUGGAGUCAAUCCAUCUCCUCCCCAUGGUCAUACGCCUUGAAGCUCUUCAUUAUACCUGAGCGUAAUUUAUUGAAGGCUUGAUUUUCUUGAAGUAGAAUACAAUGGAGGUGGUUCGUGUGCCGUUAUCUAAGACGUGGGUCAAUAAUCCUAUGACCAGAGGUGAUGACUUGAGCAAGCAGAGGCUGGACAAGUUAGUCUGCCUAAUGAAGCUCUCUCCGCAAGUGAAUUCUUUAGUUUCGAAAGUCGGAGCUCAAGAUUUGCUGAAGGCUGUCGAGAAGAGAGCUCAAUGGGGGACACAUGCAUUCAAGACUAGGGUUGCCAGAGCCGCUGUUGCUGAGAAAAUGGAGGAGAUUACUCUCCAACCCAUUAAGACUAUCAGUGGAACAAUCAAGCUUCCAGGAUCCAAGUCGCUUUCGAACCGCACGCUUCUUCUAGCAGCCCUCUCAGAGGGGACAACUGUGGUGGAGAACCUACUCGAUAGUGAGGAUGUUCGCUACAUGGUUGCAGCGCUUCAAACUUUAGGUUUCAAAAUCGAGGAGGAUCGCGCUGCGAAUCGGCUUGUAAUCGAGGGAGAAGGCGGGGUCUUUCCCAUUGCUAGGGACGCAGAGAAGAGCGGUGAAACGGUGAAUCUUUUCCUUGGUAACGCCGGUACUGCCAUGCGACCAUUGACAGCUGCCGUGGUAGCUGCGGGUGGCAAUGUUAGUUAUGUGUUGGAUGGAGUGCCCCGCAUGAGAGAAAGACCUAUCAUUGAUUUGGUGGCGGGCCUUCAGCAGCUUGGAGCUGAUGUCAAAUGCACGGAAGAAUAUCCCAAUUGUCCUCCUGUUAUAAUCAAUGAUAAAUCAAGCGGCUCGAAAUCUAAGGGAGGUCUUCCUGGAGGAACGGUGCAUCUUUCAGGCAAAGUUAGCAGCCAGUAUUUGUCUGCUCUUCUAAUGGCAGCACCACUGGCGCUGGGGGAUGUUGAGAUUGUGAUGAUUGACAAACUAGUCUCCGUGCCCUACGUGGAUAUGACUUUGCGGUUGAUGGAGAGAUUUGGCGUGAAAGUUGAAAGGCAUGGUGGCUGGGAACGGUUCUCAAUCAAGGGUGGUCAAACUUACAAGUCACCAGGAAACGCGUAUGUCGAGGGUGAUGCAUCAAGCGCUAGCUAUUUCUUAGCUGGUGCUGCCGUGACAGGAGGCACCAUCACCGUUGAGGGUUGUGGAACUAGCAGCCUUCAGGGUGAUGUGAAAUUUGCCGCAGUGCUAGAGAAGAUGGGAGCCAAGGUUGAGUGGACCGAGCACUCAGUUACCGUUACAGGGGCACCAGUGGAUCCUAGAACCGGCAAAAGGUUGAAAUCUAUUGAUGUCGAUAUGAACGCAAUGCCCGAUGUUGCGAUGACUCUAGCCGUGUUGGGCCUUUUUUCGGAUGGCCCUGUGGCGAUUCGGGAUGUUGAAAACUGGAGAGUGAAAGAGACGGAGCGUAUGAGGGCUAUCGUCGACGAGCUGACCAAGCUUGGAGCGGAGGUAGAAGAGGGCCAAGAUUACUGCAUAGUGACUCCUCCGAAGAGGAUCACCCCUGCAAAAAUCGAAACAUAUGAUGACCACCGUAUGGCCAUGGCCUUCUCGCUCGCUGCUUGUGGAGACGUGCCCAUCACAAUCUUGGAUCCAGGUUGCACCCGCAAGACUUUCCCAACAUACUUCACAGAGUUGGAGAAGCUUUGCCAGCAUUGAAGCCAAUUCCCAUAGUGUUACGAUUGUCUUCUUUUCUCUGCCUCUUAUGUAGUACACCUUCUGAGAUAACCAGGUCGGCGUUCAUGCCAUGAUCUGUUUUUUUUAGCAAUUCAUUGAAGGAGAUUACCAACGUUAGCACCCAAGUAUUUAAGAAGUUGGUCAUAGUCGGAAAGACAACUACUACCUCUAGAUUCGAUUGGAAGCUAUUAAUCCACGUACUGUACUAGAUUCAGCAUUGGUGGCCAGUCAGCUUGUCCUGGCUUCUGGGUUGCGUGUGUGAGGGUUACACAUGACAAAGCAUCUUACAAAUCAAUUCAGUAAACGGUGUAUAAGGCGUAAUUUUUUUUAGAAAGGUAUAUAAGUCUUAUGAUCUUUGGAA